UCAGUUGUUUAUCUUCAGUUGGUGGUCUUCAGUUGUUGGGCAGUGUUGGAAGGAGGAUGAAUCCAUUUGUGCUCUCUCCUCUCCCAGUCACAGCUCUCAGUUCUUGUUGCAUCCAGGCCCUUCUAAAAUAAAGCAGACAGGUGGCAGGAUUUUUUUAGCAGACAAGUCAGCUCAGGGUACAGGGCUGAAGCAGGGUGCGGGAUGCUAGUGCAGUGUCGCCUCAUGGCCCAGGGCUGCCCGUGCCAGCCAUGCCUUUCCCAGGAAGAGGCGAUAGGUGUUGAGCUCUGCAGAGUUGGGGGCAAGCGAAGGCUCAAGCUGCCCCAGAAGAGCAGGGGUGCCCCAUGGGGCCCACACUGAACUGUCGCAUGUGCACCAAAGCCAGCCCCAGUCAGGGCUGGCACAAGCAUUCUUCAGGCCAUCCUGUGGCUCUGACAUCUACGAGUGUGCAUACAGCGAAGGCACAGGCUGCGAUAUACAGGACCACAGGCACCCGGAACACGCUGUCCCCCACUGCCAGCCGCAAUCGGACUAUCUCAGGGUGCGGUGGGUGAAGUUGUCCUGUAGCUCUGAGAUCCAUGAUAUGGAUGUGCAGGACCCCACUGCUUUGGAGGCUGCCCAAUCGACUAUGGGAGCCAGCGAGUGUCCUGACAGCAGCACAUUGGCCACCAGAAGACACCAAAAGGUAGGGAGGUGAUGGAUACCAUUUAGAUACAGGAGCUCCUCUGGCUGCUGAUGGCCCACAUUUGCCCCAGAGGCAUCCAAAGCCUCAGUUUUCUCAUCUAUAAAAAUGUGAUUGUUAUGAGGCUUCCAUAAGGUGUGUAAAAACCAUGGCAAAAAUGUUUGUAAUUUAAAAGAGGGGUUUCUAUGAGGCUUCUAUAAGGUAAGUGUGUAAAAUCUGGACACAAUACCUAUAAUUUAGGUCACUGUAACCUCUGCCUCCUGGGUUCAAGCGAUUCUCCUGCCUUAUCCUCCCGAUUAGAGGCAUGCGCCAUCAUGCCUGACUAAUGUUGUUCUUUUUAGGAGAGACGGGGUUUUACCAUGUUAGUCAGGCUGGUCUCGAACUCCAGACCUCAGGUGAUCUGCUCACCUUGCCUUCCCUAAGUACUGGGAUUACAGGCAUGAGCCACCAUCCCCAGCCAAAAAUUUCAUUCCUUGAUCAACAAACCUGUUUCCAAGGAGAUGCUUGUGGUCUAAAUAUGCAGAUUCCCAGUCAUUACCAAGAAGAAGGGAAUAACUGCAAGGCAACCUCGGAGGGAGUUUAGGAUUGUUCUGAGGCUGUGAAAGCCAUUGAAAUUCACACGUAAGAGGAUAGAGAAAGGGAAUCCACAUGUUUGAUCCCUCCAUGUACUGGGUAUAACUUGGUCUUCGUUAAGUUUGCACCACCUUUGGCAUCAGAGAGAACUGGAUUUGAAUCCCAGUUCCAACACUCAUUACGAUGUGAUCAUGAAUGUGUUUCUAACUCCUCAGAACCUCCCUUUGCUUAUCUAUAAAAGAGGGGAUUCUUAUGAGGCUUCCGUAAGGUAAAUGAGUAAAAAUUUGGGUGGACAAAAUGCCUGUAAUUUAAAAGAUAGGGUUGUUAUGAGGCUUCGAUAAGGUAAGUGUGUAAAAAUCUGGACACAGUGCCUAUAAUUUUGUUAGUGUUCCAUAUAUAGAGAUGGAUUAUUUUUCUCUCAUUUAAGUUCUAGAGUAAGUUUAUAAAAUGGUGUUACUCAUAUUUUUGAAAAAAUCAAACCAAGGAUCACAAAGAUUAAAUGAGUCACCAUAAUCACAAAGCAGUUCACAAUACAUGUCCUGGGUGAUUGCCAGUUAAAAGUAGCAAUGAUGAUCACAUUUAAAAUAGUGAAUUAUGUGGUGCUUUUCUCUUAUGUAAGCCUCUGUUUGUUGAAGCCAUAGAUUCUAAGUUGCUGUAUCAAAAUGAUCACUAGAAAACUGUGAUAUACUUAGUGUAUACAUUUCAGAAAAUGUCUUCUAUUACUCUUGUUAAUUUGAUUGAAUAAUGUGUUAUUUUCAAAAUUGUAAAUGGAAUACGUGUGGAUUGAAUAUAUAUGUAUAUAUAUAUAUGAAACAUGAUUUGUCAUUAUAGUGUAGGCGUAGCUCAUGGCAAUGUGUUUUUCUGAAAGCAGCUGCAGAAAUCUUUUUUUAGUUUGUAAAAAUCUCAGAGGUUAUGGGGGAAAGCGGGGUUCUAUGAAUCCCAGAUAAUACAUGAGGCGGAUUUGGUUUCAGUAAUUUUAGCAUCAUUUAUUGUAAGGUGAUGAUCCCUAGGAACUUCAUCACAGUGAGCAACCUGAAAGCUCCCAGCAGCCAGCAAUAAAUGAGAUGUGGGACAAGUCCACUGGCAGGGCGGGGACCUUAAGAACCUGGUGCUUGAGCUCCCAAUUCCAAGUUGGGGGGACACAUGCAAAGGAUUCUGGGCCUGAUUGUUUCCUCUAACCAGGAUACAGUCUGGUUGGCAGGGCAACUGGCCUUCACUUGGUGGCCUUCAGUGGGUGUCCUCAUUGUUUGCCUUUGGUUAGUGCCCUCAGUUGGUACCCUCAGUUGUUUCUCUUCAGCUGGUGGUCCUCAGUUGGUGGUCUUCAGUUGUUGGGCGGUGGGGGAAGGGGGAUGAAUCCGUUUGUGGUCUCUCCUCCCCAAGCCACUGCUCUCAGGCUUGUUGCAUCCAGGCCCUUCUAAAAUAAACCAGACAGGUUGGCAGGUUUUUUUUUUAGCAGACAAGUCAGCUCAGAAUACGGGGGUGACAGGGGGUGUGGGCUGCUAGUGCACUGCCACCCCAUGGCCCAGGGCUGCCCGUGCCAGCCAUGCUUUUGCCAGAAAGAGGUGAUACGUGUUGAGCCCUGCAGACUUGGGGGCAAGCGAAGGCCCAAGCUGCCUGAGAAGAGUAGGGGUGACCCAUGGGGCCCACACUGAACUGUUGCAUAUGCACCAAAGCCAGCCCCAAUUGACAAAAGGGUUCGCAGAGCCAACCUGUGGCUCUGACAUCUACCAGCAUGCAGACUGUGAAGACGCAGGCCGCGAUAUACAGGAGCAGAGGCGCCCAGAACACGCUGUCCCCCAAUGCCAGCCACAAGCAGGGCUAUCUUAGGGUGUGAUGGGUGAAGCUGUCUUGCAGCUCUGAGAUCCACAAGGCAGAGGCAGCAGUAGCGUUGGACUCCACUGCUUUGGAGGCUGCCCAGUCAAAUUUGGGAACCAGCAAGAGUCCUGACAGCAGCACACUGGCCACCAGAAGACAUCCAAAGGUAGGGAGGCGGCAGAUACUGCUUAAGUUCAGGAGCUCCUCUGGCCAUUGCUGACCCAAGUUUCCCCCAGAGACAUCCACAGCCUGGGGCUCCUUCCUCCUGCCCGGAGUUUGCUUUCCUAUGCCCAGGCCCCAAGCAGGAGGGCUGGCUCUGCCUCAAGUCCUGAUCCCUUCUUCUUUCCCUGCUGUUUCCAGCCGGUUUCUUACUUUCCUCCUACCUACCCCAAUGCCCAGUUCUGUUUCUUCCUCUUCUUCCCCCAGGCUGGCUGAAAACUAAGUUUCAAAAUACAAAAUGCAUGCUACAGAUUUCAUUGCUGUAGAUGAAAUGCUGACAGCUUUUCUAUUUAACUCUGGUUGUUCUCUUCAUUUCUUUAAACGUUAGAAUAAUUAAGCCUCAUGAUAGAUGUGCCUUUGUAACUUGAAAGUACAACACUCAAUUUUCACAAUUAAAAAAAAUUUUAAAUUUUUCUUUUCAUAAAUUUUUGGCAAACAGGUAGUAUUUAGUUAUUGAAUAACUCCUUUAGUGGAGAUUUGUGAGAUUUUGGUAACCAAUCACCCAAGCAGUACACACGGAAUCCAAUUUGUAGUCUCUUAUCUUUCUCCCCCUUCCCACCAUUUUCCCCUGAGUAUGAUUCUUUUUUUUGAGCCUGAGUCUCAUUCUGUCACCCAGGCUGGAAUGCUAUGUCACGAUGUCAGCUUGCUGCAACCCUUGCUUCCCGAAUUCAUGUGGUCCUCCUGCUUCAGCCUCCCAAGUAGCUGGGAUUAGAGGCACGGGUCAUGACGCCCGACUACAUUUUUUGUAUUUUUAGUAAUGACUGGGUUUCACCAAAUUGGCCAGUCUGUCCUUGAACUCCUGACCUCAAGUGAUGCGCCUGCCUUGGCCUCCGCUAGGGCUGCGAUUACAGAAAUGAGCCACCAGAACCCAGCCAAAUAUUCCCCACUGUCUUUUUUUUCUUUUUUUCCUAAUCUCCUAAAGUCAUUCUUUGAGUUGUCAUGUAGAUUAAUAGGUUUCUCAAAUUACUGGAAAACUAGUUGAAGAAAUAAACAGGCAGUUUGUGAAUAUUAAACAGAACAGUGGUGCUGAGCAUGGCUAAAGCAUCUCUGCAUUCACAGCGAGAGGAGCGGAAGACCUUCUGGUGUGGGCUGGGCGGCAAUUAACUUGCAGGACAAACAGCCCAGGUGUGGAGAGGCGGCCACCCUUGGCGGGAUCCUUUCUAAGCAGCUGAGAAAUCAAUGUAGAGCUUCUUCUGUCUGAUUCUGUAACAACUGCAAACCUUCCAUGAGUCAAGCUUUCUGUCAAAAGGACAAAUUAAAAGGACCUAUAAAAGGCAUCACCCAGCCCAAUGGACAGAUGCCCCGGGCUGCACAUUCUGUCAGUGCUGUUCUGGAAAAGGCCCAAACACAUGCUGAAACAUCGAAGGAUAAGAAGCCAGCCCUCGGGAACCGCCAGGAGCGCCCCGGGUCCCGCAAGGCCCCAAGUCCAGCCUGCCCCGCCUCCUCUGGUGCAGAGGUCCUGGGACACCAGAAGCAGCCCCGCCACGCUCCCCAAGGCCAAGAACACAGGUGGCAGGGGCUUCUCCGCCCUGCCAGACGACUUCCUGCCGCCACCUCCACCGCUGCCACCCCUGGACGACCCAGAACUCCCGCCGCCCCUGGACUUCGUGCUCCCUCCCCCCGCGGUCGCCAAGAGGCCUCCUAUGCCCCACCCCCGCAAGAGACACGAAGAAUCAAUGUUCAGAAGCAGCAAAUGAAUAAAAUAAAUGAAUAAAAGUUAAA